CUUUUGCAGAUGAAAUCUGCGGGGACAGGUGAAACGGAGUUGUUCACAGACAGCUACUGUAACAUCUGCAAUGCACAGUUAAUCUCUGAGUCCCAGAGAGUAGCACAUUACGAGAGCAAGAAGCAUGCGAACAAAGUGCGCCUGUAUUAUAUGCUUCACCCAGAGGAUGGAGGACCACCGUCCAAGAAGCUUCGUCCCGACAACCCAGAAAGCGAUGAUGGAGAGGUGGAUAAAAACAAGUGCUGCACGCUUUGUAACAUGUUCUUCACCUCAGCUAUUGUAGCACAGUCCCAUUACCAAGGCAAAACGCAUGCCAAGAGAAUGAGGCUGGUUCUGGGGGAGCCUCCUAUACCUCCCAGGACAACAGAGUCUCCUCCUGACGUGCUGCAACCUGCAGCUCUCAUCUUCUCAGGACCCACCACAGAGAAGUUCUGCCAGCUCUGCAGUGCCUGGUUCAACAACCCAAUGAUGGCCCAGCAGCAUUAUGAGGGCAAGAAACACAAGAAGAAUGCAGCCAGAGCCAAGCUCCUGGAGCAGCUCGGAGAAACCCUGGAUUCUGAGGCCCUCAGAGAAUGAAUCUUUGUGCUGACCUGGAUACAAAACGAGUGAACACACCAGGACUGAACAUUAUCAGGCAUAGAUACUUCAGGAUUCAACAUACCAGGAGUGGGUGCUCCAAGAGUGAACACACCUGGACAUCACAGACAUGACAUAAAACUCCAGACUGCCUGGACCAGGGUACCUGAA